GCACACAUCCUACCGACCUACCUUCUGGUCAACAUUGAAGUGCAACUAUGAGUUGGUCAGGUUUCAAAAAGUCCGUUAAUCGAGCUGGCACUACACUCCUACAAAAGACCGGUCAGAUUGAGAGAACGGUAGAUAGGGAGUUCACAGAGGAAGAAGCUAAGUACAGAAUAUUCGAGAAGGAGUGUCAGGCAUUACAGAAAGAUGGCAAGGCAUACUGGGACUCAAUGCGAGCGAUGACUGCGGCACAGGCCCGAAUUGCGGAGACGAUAGAGAUGUUUUAUGGUGCUGCAGAUCAGACAUCAGAGGGUGCCAUGGCUGCACACGCGUACAAACGGGCCGUAGAUGAUCUGGAUGGUGGAUUUGGCCGCGAACUGGAUCUGCCAUAUCGUACAGCCAUGUCAGAACCUUUAGGAAAGAUGUGCGCAUAUUUCCCUGUUGUCAACGAGCAUAUCAUGAAGCGUAACAAGAAGCUUCUGGAUUACGAUGCAGCAAGAAGCAGGCUCAGAAAACUAGUCGACAAGCCGAGUGAGGAUCCUACAAAGUUGCCUAGAGCGCAGCAAGAACACGAUGAGGCCAAAGAAGUGUUCGACACGCUCAACGAUCAACUCGUCACCGAACUCCCGCAACUUCUGGAUCUGCGAGUACCUUACUUCGAUCCCAGUUUCGAAGCGAUGAUUCGGAUGCAAGCCAAGUUUGCAGAGGAAGGAUAUGAGAAAUUGAGCGGGGUGCAGCGGUAUUUCAGUGAUAGCGUUAGGGAUGAUUACGCUGCGGGACAGUUGGAUGCACAGGUGGAAGGUGUUUUACAGGAGAUGAGAGAACUAUCGAUCUGUGGCGCAUAAUCCUUGGCAUGUACCAUCUUUUGGAUGUAAGAGCUUGUAGACUGCUGUGGUUGUAAUUCCUCGUUCUUUACUCUUCUAUCUUACUGCGAAAACUCAUUUCGGAGGCCGCGGCUCAACCGAGGAUAAUUAUGUCUGUACUUCGAGGCUAUGGCGACGAACCUAGAGGCAUUGUGUUUGUAGAUCCUUGUGGGUCCUUGAUGUCAAGUAUUGUUCACAAGUACAACUCGGACAAACGAAUAGUGCGCC